AGGGAGGGGGGAGUGACUGGCUUGUACUCAGCCUCCAGAUUCUCAUAUCUCUCUUACUUCUGUGGCACCUGUAGCAGUGGAGACCGUGUGGCACUUGUGGCGGUGAAGAUGGUUGGGGAAUAUGUGUGUACCCUGAGCGAGGAGUUGCUGCAGAGGGCAAAGGAGGAGAUAAAUGAGGUCCCUGAGCGGCGAGCUGAUGACAUCGAGCACAUCAGGGACUGGCUCAAGCACCAGCCACACAUCACAGCCAGAUUGGGUAAGUCUUUACCCACUAUGUUUUCAUCCGCUAGCAUGUUGCAUUCAGAUCUCGGGAUAUUUAAAGCAAUUACUAAUGGGGAGAGAGUCAGAGACAAGACAUCUGAAAUCUUGAGAUUACAGGCACAUGACCUUGCAGACAAGCACACUGACCUUGCAGACAGGCACACUGACCUUGCAGACAGGCACACUGACCUUGCAGACAGGCACACUGACCUUGCAGACAGGCACACUGACCUUGCAUACAGGCACACUGACCUUACACACGAUACUCUCCUGACCUGGCACAUGUCUCUUGAAGAAACUGUCACUAAAAAUCCCAGAAUGCACUCACCUACCUGUUUGUACCCGCCUGUUUGUGGCUUUGGUGUCGAUCCUCGAUCCCUGGCCCCGGCUCUCAAAAUCUGUACCCAUCCAUUUGUAACAGCAUGUAAGAUAUGUGAAGCGGGCGUGUUCCGAGUAGCGGUAGCUGUGUGGUGUACAGUUAGUGUUUGGGGUGGGGGGGGGGUCGAAGGACUAACGGAUGUGAUGAUGGUGUCUCGCAGGAUGUUUCUGCCUCUUCCUGGCUACGACAAUGAAGGUCGCAAGGUAGUUAUCAUCCGCACCGCGCUGCACGACCCCAAGGUCACAUCCAUGGAAGAGGUGUUUAAGGCUACACACUUAAUCAGCGACGUGCUCUGGAUGGAGGAUGAGCAGAUGUCUGUGACAGGUGUAGUGCAGUUGCUAGACAUGGCAGAUGUCACCCCGGCCCACGGCAUGCAGAUGACUCCAGCCCUCGUCAAGAAGGCUAUGACUAUAUGGCAGGUGUGACACAAAUGUAUCGCCGUCAUCCUCUUUGCUUGAGUAAGACAGGAAUGCCGAUAUUAAGCAAGUGUUAGAAUUCGUUUUACGACAAACUUUAGGUGCAAAUUCCUUGGUAUAAUGUAAUCUCAUCCUAUUGGCGUACACUAUUUUUGUUUAAUUUCGUUUAUUUAUUUUUAUUUGUACCCUUAUUACCUAGCAGUUAGUCGACUGUAGUGGGUCGCAUAUCAGGGGAUGACAUAAGGAUCCCAAUGGAUAUAAGCCAAAGUGUUUUUGAGUAAUUCUGAAUUAAUCCUCCGAAUAAAGUCUUCUAAGACAUCAGUUACUCAGUCACGUACCGAUCUCACAGAUUGUAUUCUGAGCACUUAAUAUAGGCAUAAAAUAAAUUAUAUUGAUAAAUGGGUAGUUAAUCCAAUACUGUAAAAAUCUAAGCAGAUAUUUUAACUGAAUAACUGGUAUCAACGUGAUUUGUGUCGAGGAUUGAGCUUUGUUACAUUGGGCUCUCUGGAAAUGCUUAAGAUUUCGUACUCUUUUUAAUAAUAAUAAUAAUAAUAAUAAUAAUAAUAUAAUAAUAAUAAUAAUUCUAGUGCCUAUUUCAAGAAAUUAGCAUACUAAGCUAUAAAUGCAACAGCAAAGAUGAAGAAUAAAUACUGAAGGUUAUAUUCAAGAGUGAGAGUAUGAUCAUCAGGAUCAUAAAUUCUAGCAAAGAGAUGUGUUUUCAACUGAGACUUAGAAACAUGUACAGAUUUCUGACUCAAGAGACACUAGUCAUCAAUUUAAACAUAGUUUAAAUUGAAUUCUUGCUUUGAUACGAAGUCAAUGCAGCUGUUGCAAGUAGGGACUAACAGGAACCCCGGUUAGGAGCGAAAAUACAAGAUUCAGUCGACAAAGUCUUUUUAGCAAGUAUUUAGGCAAAUCCACAAACGACUGCACAAAUAAAUUCAAGAGGAAACAAACGCGAUAUUUUCUGACUACACAGAUAUUACGAAUAUGAAAAUUGCAAGAUUUAACAAUUUGGUUGAUGUGUCCAACAAAUGACAAUGAAGAAUCCAGUUAAAUAGCUAUAUCUCUCACUGAUCCCACAAAUUGACAGUAACACACUCAUGACAUGUUUUCUGCAUCAAGGGAAAACUUCUUGAAAGGCGGACGAACCACAUUCCAAUUACUGGAAAACAUCUGAUUUGAAAACAAUUAUUAAUAGGUGCUGAUAGGUACUGUAUAUCCCACGAACUGUUUUGCUGAACCUGCCAGAACUAUUAACAAAUCUCUACUGAAGUAAAAUGUUGGAAGGAGAACACCAGUUUAUCGAAAGUAUGAAGAUUUUUCAACAGUCAUUUUAACAGAUGAUCAGGUCUGUUUCAAAAUUUCAUACUCAAUCUGAAUUUGAAAAUCAAGGCAAAGAAAUAGUUUGUAACAUUAGUCAUAUAAAUGGUAUUCGCGUGAAUCUAGCCACUUUUCUUGAUAUUUAACGACAAGGAUGCAUAAGAAAACACGGUUUUCUGUCCUCUUUCUGUCUGAACAACCCACAGCGCAGCAGGUCUCGGGUAUCUCGAAGUCAAUAAAGUUAAUACCGUUUAAUUGUGGCUGACGUAACUCACGUAAGGUAAACACAGUAUCACAGUACCGCACCAGAGAUAGGGGAGUAGGCCGGAAUAACAGGAAAAACACUACAAAGGACCAGUGCAUACCUGACAGGAAGGAAAAGUGUGACGGUCUGUGACGAGGUGUCGGAAUAGGUACAUGUGACGAGUGUCCUGUGGCUCGGUUGGCAACGCUCUCGCCUCACACACUGAGUGCCCGUGAUUCAAUCUCCGGCAUGGGUGGAAACGUUGGGCAUAUUUCCUUACAUCUCCUAUCCUUGUUCCCCCAGAAUAGUAUCCCCAUAUAGUGAUUGAUUCUUCCUGUUUCAUUAAGUAGCUUUAUAGUGUGCACGUGGGAACUUGUGAGAUGCCCACUCUAACAAUCACUGUUGACACAGAUAACACAAGACUCCUUUGUCUUGUUCUCCCAAGUACCUCUGACCUAUACUUCUUUUGAGACGGUUAACUGACCUACAGGAAAUUCCUGUCUCCAUUCACAAACCAGAACAGAUUUCCUUGUGUUAUGGAGUCUAUGCUAGCUAGAAAUCCCAAUUCUAUCCAGACUAAUCUAGGUUUCUAAUGACUUUUCCCUCUUCACGAUGCCACGUGCAUAGAAGAAAUGGCACCUGUACAGUUGAAAUGUGUUAGUACCCCCAGCAUAUACUUCUAGGGUCCCUGAAUUCAUUGGGGUUCCACUAACGAAUAUUUAUAUACACAAAGGAUAACUAGCUUCUGGCUUAAUAUCCAAGGGAUAAUUACUCAGCAACGCUGGUCGUAAUUGCCUCGUAUUUGGACUUUUGCCCACACGUAACUCGUAGCUAAAUUACCCUCCGUUCCCCAAAAUGACAUCGGCCGACCUUGUUACUAAGUUGAAAGCAGAUAAUUGUCUCACUAUGGGAACCUGGUAUAGAGACUGAAAUGUCCACAGUACGUCAGGAGCCUCUACUUCUAUACUCUCUGGCGCCCAGGGAAAGUAUUUUGCAGACAGCAUGGGUCACUGAGCUUAGAGCUCCUCUGAGUUAUCCUGACCUCUGUUCUCUACACAUAUGCUGCUAUGUAUGAUAAUCUAUAUAACUGUAUUUGUGUAUACCUGAAUAAACUUACUUAAUUGGCA